GACGCGGAGAAGAACCUUCGUGAUGGUUUGUGGAAAGAUUCAAUUGAAGGUCCACCAGGCGAGCAUGAAGAGCAGUUCGCUGAUGAGGCCACAAUGGAAGAAGUUCGACAGUUGGCGCCUGAGACGCUUCCCAGAAGCCGCGACUACUGGCAGCUCACCGACGCAGGUGCCGUGCGAGUACAUGUUGAACCUCGGCAUGAACUUUAUGCUCCACAACCACAAGAUGAAUGUCCUCUGCCCCUCGACACCUUGGCAGACGACAGACAGACCUACAUCCACGACCUUGAAGAGCAGCCUGAGAUCGACCAGUGGCGUGAUGAGAGAUCUGCAAAGUUCUACGAGCAGCCUUGGACAGGCACCACAACAUUUUUCCGGAAGCGACUGCCCGUUGAAGUGGCCAGCCCUGAAGUACCUGCUGAAGGCACAAUGCUUCCAUCGACGGCUUCACCACCAACAGGUCUUCGUCUUCCAGUACCUCAACGAUCUGAAGACCGUGCUGCUGUCAGCCCUCAAGUGAUUCAGCAGCAACAGCAGAAUUAUGACCAGCGACGGGUCACCAUCAAUGUGAGAGAUGGUAUGCCCACUGAAGCACUCCUGCCCGACAUGCCGGCCAAAAGGCCCUUUGACGCUAUGCUGGCGUCGGUGAUGUUCACGCACCGAUGGGACAUCUUCGACGACAACACCAU